AUGGAUAUCGAACCUACAUUCAAAGGGUACCUCGACGAUGAACAGGAUGCAUUGCUCUUACUACAAGCAAUUUUCGAUGGGAAACUGAAACACAUUCCUCGCAGACCGUAUGAGAUUGAAAGACCUUACCUCAUCGCUUCCGGCAACGUCUUUGUGUUCAUUGAGGAGAUUUCAGGAAUUAAGAGAUGGACGGAUGGCGUCUCGUGGUCCCCAUCGAGAAUUGCAGGGAAGUUUUUGAUAUACAAGGAAGUUGAUAAAAGUACGAUGCAUUUUACACUCACAAACUCUGGAUCGGAGGGAGCGAAGAAAAAACAUUUAUCGAAACUCAAAUUGCCGCCACUACUAUCCAAGAAUACGAUGGCCCAUCCAUCCAAUGAGAAUCGCUUUGUGGAACCGGUGAGCACCACGGAGGUCGGCCCCACGCCGAUGAAUGGCGACGUUUCACAACAGAUGUCCAAAAAUAGGACAGUUAAUCUCGUACAACCUCGGAAAUACGCGGGCCUUAUAAAGAAAACAAUAUCCGUUAGUAUGAAACGUGCCAAUUUGAAUUCACAUGAGAAUUUCCAUAUAGUGUCCUACUACACGCUAAAUGAUGUCAAACAGAACAGAUUGGUGACUGUAAAGGACUCGCCGAUGUUCAGAGACGUCGCGCCAAUACCUGCGCUGAUUGAUGCCAUGGAAAGCACUACUCUUGGAAAUGUGAAGGGCCAUCCUGCUAAGACCGGCCCCCAUGCAGGGGCAUUUGAUGAGGAGUCUCCGGUUAAGCGCCAUCAUACAGUAAAUACAACGAGCAGAAUAACGGACGCACUAUCUUCCACAUUACAGCUCCAGUACCGCCCACAGUUUGUUAACCAGGUGAACCACUAUGGGAAGGAUAUGAUCAUACCUGCAACGACAGAGCUCCCCAACCGAGCGGAUACCCAUGGUUAUGCUGACAACACUGCACCGACAAACAACAAUCCAGGUUUGCAUAGUGGAGCGAACAGCUCGAACAGCUCUGGUAUGGUUGCUGGAAUGAACCAACAAAUGAAGAAUGAAGAUAUGACAACCACCGAUCCAACGAGUCGAGCUAUAAAUGCAUCUUACAGGUUGCAACAGCCAUCCAAUGCACAAGCACCAAUAUACCCGGUAUCAUCGAACAACUACAAUAGUGCAAGUAACGUGCCACUCACUUCUACUGCUCCGUACAACUACCUCAAGAGUGCACAAUAUUACCCAGCUGAGUAUGGCCAGGUUCCACCAGUACCGCAACAAAGCUCACCUCCGCAACAACGACCACCACAGUCCCAUCAACAGUUAUCGACGCCUUCCAUGAACACGUUCCCAUACUAUCAAUCUGCAUCAGCACCCUACGUUGGCUACAACGAACAGAAUACAGCAGCAGCUAUGGGUGUGCCGUACUAUCAAACUGACCAAAAUAACGGACAGAACGCCGUUAACACAUCCGUUCAGACUCAACAAAUGAAUAUGUCGCAUGCUGGAAAUGCGUAUCCAACGUAUCCAAUAAGCAGUAACCCCCCUUAUUACGCAAACAAUUUGGGCUACAACAGAGUGAAUUCGCGUGCACCGAUGGCAAAUGAUACUUCGAUGGUCCCAACCCCGUUAAGCAUGAGCAACAAGAAUCUUUCGGGUAGUAGUGCGGGCGGGUCGCUCAUUGGUAGCUACAGUGCUGGGCUUUCACAGCAACCACAACAGUCGUACGAAUCAUUGCUAAAGCAACAAGCAAGUCAAGUACCAUACCAGUACAUACCACAACAAAAGCAUAUGAACCACAAUCCAAAGCUCGGUGGUUACGGUUCCCAAACACCACUAGUUCCCAACAUAUAUCCUUACCAAGGGCAACAACAGCAACCGCAGCAGCAACAACCACAGCAAUAUCAUUUACAGGAACAGUGUCAGAACCGUGGCCAAGAUCAGAUAUUACCUCCAUCCCAAAAUCAGAGGGAAGUAAACAACCACACCUCAACGCAGACCUAA